AUGAAGGGAGCAGCCCAGGACACGCCAGGAGGCAAGAUCACGGACUGGGUCAAGCCCGGCGAUCCGUCGGGCGAGUUCAAGCGCCAGCAGAGCUCCUUCCGCGACUGUAUCUCGCGCGAGCCAGGGGCGCGGUUCCCGCCUGAGAAGGGCAGGUAUCACUUGUAUGUGAGCUACGCUUGUCCGUGGGCCACACGCGUGUUGAUUGCGAGGAAGCUCAAGGGUCUGGAGGAGGUGAUUUCCUUCUCGUCUGUGCAUUGGCAUAUGGGGCCGAAGGGCUGGCGCUUCCCCACUGCCGACGACACCGACGCGGCCGGGGAGAAUGUCGUUCCCGACCCCGUCCCGGGGCACGAGAAGUUCACACACCUGCGCGACGUCUAUUUCCAGGCGAACCCGCAGUACGAAGGGCGCUUCACCGUGCCCGUGCUGUACGACAAGAAGACGCAGACCAUCGUCAACAACGAGAGCAGCGAGAUCCUGCGCAUGUUCUCGACCGAGUUCAACGACCUGGUCGACGAGAAGCACCGCACCAUCGACUUCUACCCGGCGCAUCUCCGCGCGCAGAUCGACGAGACGCACGAGUGGCAGUACGACCUGAUCAACAACGGCGUGUACAAGUCUGGCUUCGCCACCACCCAGCAGGCGUACGAGAAGGCCGUCGUGGCGCUGUUCGAGGCCCUGGACCGCGCCGAGGCCUGGCUGGAGAAGACGGCCGCCGAGGGGCCAUAUUGGUUCGGCCAGACGAUUACGGAGGUCGACAUCCGGCUGUUUGUGACUAUCAUCCGGUUCGACCCCGUCUACGUGCAGCACUUCAAGUGCAACAUCCGCGACAUCCGCUCGGGCUACCCGGCGCUGCACCGCUGGAUGCGCCACCUGUACUGGACCGUCCCGGCCUUCCGCGACAUGACCAACUUCCUGCACAUCAAGAACCAUUACACGCGCUCGCACCCGCAGAUCAACCCGCACGGCAUCACGCCUGUCGGGCCCGUGCCGGAUAUCCUGCCGCUGGAUCAGGAGGUUGUGGUUGUGGGUUACCAGGGGAAGCGCUGA